UCCAAUUGGGAUUUUACCUGCCUGGCCGACGGCGAAGUGCUGCGUAUCCUGCGGGGGCGGCGGGUGAGGCUGCCACGGCGUGUUUCCUGUCCGCUCGCUGUGCAAUUCGCGUUAAAUUAAUUAUAUUUUAGUUAUUUCUUUUGCUAGGGUUGUGCAGUUCGGGCGAACUAGUUUUGAACUGAACCGGUUCGCGCGGUUCAUCUGGUGCUUUCGGCCAGGGUUGCCAGCCUGUUCGUAAACGGCGCCUAUCGUACUGGAUUCAUUAAGGGGUGUCGGGCGAAGGUCUAUAUUUGUUUACAUUGCUUAAGCUUGGAAGAAAGACAUGCAAGUGUAACUAUUUUAUAAUUAUUCCACCCUUCAUCAAAUUUUAAUUCAAAUAAAAGAAUUUCGUGAGAGAAUACAAUUUUUAAGAGGAAGCCAUUUCCCCAUCUGGCAACACUGAAAUUAUGAUUACAACAGUGUUACCUGAUGGUCCGUCUACUACUAACUAUACUACUACUAAUGGAAUGAAAAUGUACGACGCGUUGGAACGGUGCCCAGGUGCCUAUUGUGGGAGAUCGCCUCUGGGAAAUGACACCUGGAGCAGCUGCGGGGUCUGUCCCCGAGGAUCCCGGGUGAACGAUGCAUACGCCUGCUCUCCGUGCCGCGGAUUGACCACGUACUCCUGGCUCUACCUGGGAUUCAUGACACUGCUGCCGCUCAUGAUGCACUGCUUCUUUAUCGACAUGGACGCCAAGGAUCGGAAGUUUUCACGCAAGCAGCUCAUCCUGACGGCCAGCGCCUUCGUGGAGGUGGCCCUGUCCGCCGUGCUGGCCACCUUGUUCAUGGAGCCCAUGUGGGAGCUGCGCCUCUACGCCUGCGAUGUCCGGAAACUCACCGACUGGUACACCUUGUUCUACAAUCCCAGUCCCAACUACGAGUCACGGGUCUACUGCACCCAGGAGGCAGUCUACCCACUCCAAACCAUUGUGUUGGUCUUCUACUUCCUGUGCCUGGUGAACAUGUUUCUCAUCCGCCCGCUGGUCAGCAAAGUGAUGGAUGUGGGGGGCAGGAGCAAGGCGCCCAUUUACUCGGCCCUCUACUUUCUGCCCCUGCUCACCUUUAUCCAUGCGUUGGGAUGUGGGUUGAUCUACUACUCCUUUCCCUACCUGAGCGUGGCCAUCUCCAUGGUGGCGAAUGCCAUCCACUAUUCCCUCAAGCUGGACCAAAUGAAGGCUCUGGUUCACUCCUCGGUGUGGGAGUUGAAGAACGUGGUCAUAAUAGCUGUCCACUGGAUGCUGCUGGCCUAUGGGAUAACCUCCCUGAAUUACCAUUACGCCUUCAUGUGCUUGGUGCCCUUCCCCACACUCUUCUACAUCCUGACCGUGCGCUUCACGGAUCCGGGCGAGUUCCGGGAGCUGGAGUCGAGAAUUUGAUGCGGCGACGUCCAGAUGCAAAUCUUCCACGCCCGGGGCACCCGGCGAUCGACUGUUGUUAUCUAUGUGUAGUGUACGCGUCGCUUAAUUUAUUUACACUUAGUGCGUAGCUAGAUUCAGACCCGUUCCGAUUUUCACAUACUUUAGGCGAUUUCGAAUAUAAUCUUAUCUUUCAAUGCCAACUGUUCUGUAAACCAGUCCAAGUGAAGGUCAUUUCGCUUACUUACCAAGCCAUGUCAGAUAAUAAAAUCGCAAUCAAACGAAUUCUGUGAAGAUGAAAGUCGGAGCAGGUCCUCUAGUGUACUCGUCGUUUAGCCUUAAUCCAUUCAUCGUUCUUUUCGUUUUAAUUAUAUUUCACAUUAAUUAUACACAUAUAGUAAUAUUAAAUACAAAUCAUCAGUUUCCCAUCUCUAAAA